CCAUAGAAUAACCUUUUUGUCUAAAUGGUUCCAUAUCUACCUUUAAAAUCUGAAGAACCUUUGUUCUUUGAAAGAAGGUUCUUCAGAUUAUUAAAAAGGUAAGAAAGAGACGGUUCAUUAAAGAACCUUUGACUGAAUGGUUCUUCUGUGGCAUCGCUGUGAAGAACCUUUUAAGCACCUUUAUUUUUAAGAGUGUGCUGUAAAAAUGAGUCAAUGAUGUCUGGUGUUUCAGUUAUUUGGAUCCCUGUUGUUUUGACUUGCAUUUGGCCCUGAUGUCAUGAAGUCAGGCAGAGGAUGUGGGAUUUGUGUAUGUCAUUGUAUUUUUGCAGAUACCCGGUGCAGCUUUGCUUAACAAUGCGUUGAGUUGUGGUCUUUGAGCAGUACUCGGCUUCCUGUCCUCCUCCGCUGCGCAGGAUGCCUCGCAGUCUCGUUGCCAGUCUGCACUGCUGAGCUUAAGGGGCCUCUGGAGGGGCCAAAGGGCAUCCUGGGAGUUCCUCUGCCACCUGGCCCUCCAUUAACCCUCUUACGGGACGUUUUAUGGAUUCGCGAGGUACAGAGCCUCGUCUCUCAGCCCUUCCAGUGCUUUAAAAGCAUCUCCUCGUAAGAGCGCAGCAGAAGAUGGCUACUACGCUGCAUGAAUUCACGCAGUUUCUGGAUCCUAAAAUGUUCCCCAGAGUGCUUCAGAUCCAGUCAGGAAUAUAUUAUCAAGGCUGCGUGUAUGAGGUGUUUGGAAGAGAGUGCUCUCUUUCAACAGGAGACUUGCUGAAAAUCAUUGAUAUCACCAUCACGAGAUUCACUGCUCGGACCUCCAGCAACACUGAGAUUGAGAUUCCUGUGGAAUAUCCAGGAUUGUUCAAACUAGUGGCUGACAGUCAGCCGUACCAAAGCAUACAAGAGAUAGCAGACUCAGUGAAGAUCAGCUCCCACAGACUGUCCCAGCCGGUAUUCCUCAGCGGUUCAGAGAUUCAGCUGGCGCAGGGUGUCAUACGGGAGGGAGACAGCUUCAGAAUCACUGCCGUCACCCAUGAGCCCAGCGGUGGACGAGUGCGGUGUGAGCUGCUGCACAGAGAGCCCAAGAUCUGCUUCAGCCUGAGCUUCUCCCAGCAAGGCCACUUCACAGAGUGCCAGGAUGACCAGUUUUACACCCUGAGAGAGAUAGCGGAGUGGAAAAUCUCCAAAGGCAGAAAGAGGACUGUAACCGAGGUCAAAACUCUGCCUAAGAAGGACAUUUUAUUCUCAAAUUUGCUGGAGAAUGUAUUUGGAGAGCUGAAGCUGACUCCUGUGUAUGAACUGAAGGCUGUUACACGACUCAGUGAGAAAAUUCUGCUCAUCCCAUCAAAUCUGGACGUGGAGGUGGUGGACGUCACUGAGCAGUUUGAUUGUGACUCUUUUGUGCAGCCUCUCUCUCUUGCGGACGUUUUCAAGAGUCCUCCAGAGUUUUUUCCUGUGAUGGCCAAGUUGUCAUGUGAAAGACCUUUCAAGCUUUCGCCAGAGCUGGAAAUGCUUUUCAAUUCCAAUCAGGUGAUCAUUCAUCAUGCUUUCUAUGCAAAACGAAUACUGGCCUCGGAAAUGGGUCGUGAAUCAACGAGACACUUUCUUAUUCCGGAGUCCUACAACGGACGCUUCAAGCGGCGGCCGCGCCAGUUCCCCACCGCCUACGAUCUGGAGCGAGCGCGCAGCGAAACCGAGCAGAUACGCGUGGUGGCCACCAGGGAGUUUGAGUCCGUCUACAACGGGCUCACUUCUGUAAGCGCUGGAGAUGAGUUUAUAGUGACCAAAGGCAAAAGCUGUGCACUAUCACACAACGGAACCAAGAGGGCGGCCGAUGCUUUUCAAUGUCUGAAAGUCACAGGGACGGAGGCGAAGGAGCCUGUGCGCCUCCCAAUGUGUUUGGAGGGGGGAUUCAUGGAGCUGGUUAAAGACAAGCGUCAAUACACCAUUGCGGAAAUAUGCCGCUGGUUCCCGCUGCCCUUCAACGUCAAAGUGUCUGUGCGAGACCUCUCUUUGAAGGUGGACGUUUUGGCUGGCGUGCCUGGUCUGCACAUUGAGGAGGAGAUCUCUGACCCUUGCCUCCUCAUAUCAAACACUGACCUGUCAGAGAUCAGGGAGGUGCCAGUCAAUCGCACAGACUUGAUCCUCAACAUAAAGCAGAGCUGGGAUGGCCAGAGUCCAGUAUGUAGUGUGAAUUCAGUCAUAGAGGACAUCUCAGAGGACUGUUACUACACACUCAGGAGGUACGCUGUUACUACCAUCACACCCCCUCCACGGCCUCCCAAAAAACCCAAAGACCCUCCACCUCGACCUCCCAAGAUGUUGUCGUCCAGAUCUGAGAGCGCAAACAGUGAAAGCUCCAGCUGCUCUCCACAGAGUCUUUGUGUUGAUCCUUUUAAGCAAGAUGACUUCAUUCAAUGCAGCGAUUCAAAAAAUGGAAACGACAAAAGGUUUCCCACUAGUCCAGUCACUUUGCCAAGACCUAGCCUGCAGAAAGAUCUUGCCAAGGGCCAAAGUCUGGACGACAUAUCCAUCACAAAACAUGAAGCUGACGACGAUGAUGUGCAUGAUUAUGAAUAUAUCGAUGAAGAUCAGCUUGACAGCAUAAGGAGGACAUACAAUGAACAAAACAUUAACACGGGCAAAGGAAAACCGAGUAACACAAUAUAAGAGUGCUACAGUAUGAAGAGUAUACUAUAAAGUUCACUAUGGCUGUGUUCCAAAACCACUUACUUUAAUUUCACAUGAUAAGACUGACAUGGCCAAAGUCUAUUUAAUAAUCAUGUAACUUUACAUGACUAUAAACCUGAUGGAAUGCAAAUCAUUUAUUAAGUUAAAGGUCGUCUGUGUUUUCAAAUCCCAGGGCAAAAAUGUACUUAUUAGUCCUGUAGGAGAGCAGACACGAGGUACAAAUCUGGGCUUUUUGGAACUGCCUUUCUUAAUGGGAUUAAUGCCAAACUUCGAGUGAACAGGGUAAAGUACAUGAGUUCAAAAUCAUCUUUGUUUGGUCUGACCCUGAGGUUAAUGCAUGUUGUAUAUUCAUUCAUAUACUCUUUAUUUUUCCUGAAUUAAUGUUUAAGGUCCAUCGGAUAUUAUGGUGCUUAUAUGAACUGGUAUACUAUCCGUUAUGAAACCGUAAUAAGUACAAUAAGUGAAGCAAACAGUAUAUAACCAUAACAGUUAUACAUAUCAUAUUUAUACGUAUAUUUACUCCCUACCAUCUAAGACAAAUAUUUCCAGGCAACACAUUAUUCAACAAAAAGAAGGUCACGAUGCAGAAAUAAGAGAAAACUGAACUACACUCAUCUCAGCAGCCAGACCAUGUAGAUCUGUGUGGCUAAUUCUUAAAAAGCAGAUUUAUUUUUUAGCAGUUUUGUUUUGAAGUAUAUAGCUGUGUAUUGUACUCUGAAUGAUUACAACAGCAUCAGUCAUUCCAAAUUUACAAAUCGGAGCAUUGCAAACUGGAAGUGAGCUUCCUAGCAAAUUCAAAAAUUCAGAUAUUGUUUAUUAUAUUUCAUACAAUAUUAUGAAUAUGUUUUGAAAAAUCACAUAGAACCCAUUCGGGUUCUACAAGUGUCUGGAUCACAACCUGCUCUUAGUCACAAACCGUCCAGUACUGCCGCAUGGCCAAGCGAAUGCACGUCACAGAACAGAUGCCAAAAGCUCGGUUUAGUGGCUGUUUACGGAUGCGUCCAAGGCUGUGUUGUUUUAACCUGCUGUCACAUUGGUGCGCAAGCCGAUUAAUGUUACUGUAUUACAAUGACUUUUAUGAAAUACCACCACCCUGUCGACAUGGCUUAUGACGGGAAUUAAAAUUGAAUUCAAAAUGUUCAAAUUAAUUGGCAUUGGGGGGGGGGGGAAAUGCAAUAAUGACAACAAAGCUAUUAGAAAUGGUCUUUCUUUUGCUAAGCCUCUGCAGUGAAGAAUUUAGAGGUUUGUGGAUGGCUUGUGGAUCAUGCACUCUCCAAAAAAAUGUACAAAAAGCUAUCACUGGGGUGACACUUUUAUAUCCUAUUUAUUUAAUGGUUCAUGUUAGUAUUACAAUACUAUUAUUUCAUAAAAAUAUUAGUACCUUUUAAAAGCCACGGUGACAGCUGUUUGAUGUAAUGAUGCCAGAGAAAUCAAUCUUUUUUGUUAACUUUAAAUUUAGUUUUUUUGUACAGUCUGGUAUGUAGAAUUGAAAGUGGGUGUAUUCUUUACAUUAUUUUGUGGAGAAAGAAACAUCAAAUGUUCUGCAUUUUGUCUGGUUUACUUUGAAUAAAUGAGAUGGAAAGGA